AUGGCAGGGCAGGACAGCGAAGAGGGGAGACACGGAGGACAGCAGGCCAUGCUGGCAAGUCAACGCGCAAAAGAGCAGGGUGAGGCGCAGGGGAGAUUCUCCAAAUGGUUUCCCCUGUCAGCCAAAUCGGGGUUUGAGCAGUGGUGGGCGGGACUAUCGCCUAUGGCAACAGAGCAUCGUGUCCUAUCGUACAUUCCGCACCUCCAGAGCCCACCCACACAUACGCAAACAGGCUCCGCACCUGCUUCAGCCGUCCCGUCCUCGGUAGAUCUCCAUGCGCCACCAAAGCAUCCAGAAGACCAAACGACCACGAAUACCACCAAUGACCCGUACGGACCGCGAAGAUGGAAUUCACAAAUGGUCGAACUAAGUGGCAAGGAUCGGGCGCUGAACGAGUUCUCCGUGGAGCGACUGGGUGAGGAGGUAGAAAACAACCUGGUCAUGCUACACGGGUACGGAGCUGGACUAGGCUUCUUCUACCGCAACUUCGAGUCGUUAUCGCGUGCUGAAGGCUGGAAAGUCUUUGCGCUGGACCUUCUCGGCAUGGGCCGGAGCAGUAGGCCAAGCUUCAAAAUCCAUGCGAAGGACAAGGAGGGAAAGAUCUCAGAGACCGAGUCCUGGUUCGUGGAUGCGCUCGAGGAGUGGCGGAUCAAGAGGGGCUUGGACAAGUUCACGCUGCUGGGACACAGCUUGGGAGGGUACCUUGCUGUUGCUUAUGCGCUAAAGUAUCCGGGACAUCUCAACAAGCUGAUACUUGCGUCUCCGGUUGGUAUUCCUGAGGACCCGUACGCGGUUGAUGAGGAGAUGCCUGAUCCGCAAGAUUCAAGCAUGGCGAAUGAGUUUACUCAGGACGCCGCCGAGAUGAACCAAAGUGGUGUACAGCCGUCGACAGCGGACAACAACAACUUCAUGAACCAACGGACAAAGAAUGCGGACACUACAAAGGAGGCUAAACAGCCACCCAAAAGACGGUUGCCGUGGUGGCUGUAUUCCCUUUGGGAGGCUAACAUGGUCUCCCCUUUCACUUUCGUGCGUUGGUCAGGGCCUCUUGGUCCUCGUCUAGUAUCAGGCUGGACAUCACGCCGCUUCUCGCAACUACCAGAGGAGGAGGCACAAGCGCUGCACGACUACAGCUACGCUCUGUUCCGCCAACGGGGUAGUUCGGAGUAUGCGCUUUCCUACCUGCUCGCCCCUGGCGCAUUUGCUCGAAGCCCGAUGAUCCGAAGAAUUCAGGGUGUCGGUAGGCAAUGGAUACAAGCGCAUGAGAGGCCUACCGUAGACAGCGACACCGCUGCCAGUUCCGAUGCUCAACGCGAGACGGGCUACCCAGUCAUCUUCAUGUAUGGAGAGAACGACUGGAUGGACGUUGCCGGCGGCUACGCGGCUGAAGAGAAGAUGAGGCAAGAGCGCGAGCGCCUACUAGCAAACGCGUCGGCCGACGAAAAGAAGAACGACCAUGGCGUAGGCAAGGUGAUUAUCAUCAACAAGGCCGGCCACCAUGUGUAUCUCGAUGGUUGGGAGCAAUUCAACCGCGUCAUGCUGGAAGAAAUGAACGAGACGAUCUCACAUGAGCCCCUGCAUACUUCACCCCCGCUCCGUCCCGUUGACAUCGUUCACUACUGCAGGGCCAAGGACGUGUCAGCCAUCUCAGUUGAAGGAUGGCACGCACGGCCUGCCUAUACGAUGCUAGCAUUGUGGGGUAAAACUGUGCAUCAUCGGGAACGACUGACCGACUCGCGCCGGAUACACAAGCAUUCGAUAUAG